UUUGCAAGCACUCAGAAUAUUCGCAGGUGCUCUAUAGGAUGUCCUAAGAAAUUUUUACAAGCAUUUAAUAUGCCCGAGAAUUGGUGGUCUGAAUUUGCGGGAGAACCUAACGGAUAUUUUGGUUGCGAGACAACCCAUCAAGAAGGUAAUAUAAUGGGCUUUAAUACAUGGGCAUACUUUGAGACAAAACAUGUUCAGACUAGUUCGGAUUACGAGUGGAUCAUACUAAAUAUCUUCACUCGGUGGAUUCCUUCUCUCAAUCAAACAUUUCUGCUUAUUUUUGAUCUAGCAGAAUUCUACUGGGAGCCAAUGCUUCAGUCAAUAUCGAAGCUAGUCAAAUCUUACUUAAGUAUUCCAUUCUGGCCCUACUCACACGUGCUAGAAAUCUUGGUCUCUAUCGAAGCGUCCGCCAUCUGGGCCAUACGGGAUCAAGUAAGGGCGAUUGAAAAAGAUAUCAAUUCAAACAGACCACAGCCAGAUUACCGGAGAAUGCAUGACAUUGCCCGUCACGCGAUUCAUGUUAGUGAGAGUCUAGAUGUCUCGGUUCAAAAUAUCGAGACUAUCAUCAAAAAAUAUAGUCUCUAUAUAAAGUCACAACCAAGAAACUCAUAUUCAGGUGAAGAUGAAGAUCUCAAAAACAAGAUCGAGUUUUUUGGGUGCUUUAUUGCAAGUCUACGCCACCGCUCAAUAUCAAACGAAAAACGGCUUCAGAACGAAAUCCAACUAGCUUUCAACAUUGUCGCCCAGGGUAACGCAGAAACGUCUGUGCAGAUAGGUCGUGCCGCACAGGUCGAUAAUUCGACCAUGAAAACAAUUGCAUUUGUCACGCUAGCCUUUCUCCCGCCUACCUUCAUCUCAUCCAUCUUCAGCAUGUCGUUCUUCCAGUCUGGAAAUAAUGGCUGGGGUAUGUCGGAUAAGUUUUGGAUAUAUUGGGCUUUUGCCAUCCCAACAACCAUUGCUACAGUUGUAGUCUGGCAGUACUGGCAUACACUCUUACCUAAGCCAAAGGUUGCUCCUGUUAUACCAAAUAUUUUCUAG